UCUCCUUUCUCAUUGGCAGGCUGGCAUAGCAGUCAAGCGAGCGGGCGCGCGGGUGCUGUGCCUUAAAGUGACACGGGCUGGCGGGUUCCCUCACGGCCGACAUGGCGACGGCGGCGGCUGAGCGCGGCCAUCGGCACACGGAUGAUCUGCACAAAAUUCAUAACUCUACAUCAGCCACAGAUGGACUCUCUUCAGCUUCAUUUAUAGAAUAUCCAAAGCACAAGCCAUUUAUUAAUUCGGAUUUGCAGCGUUCCCCGUGGAAACCAGUAAUUCCAUAUCCUGAAAGUAACAGCAGAGCAAUAUUUUCUGCUCUGAAGAAUCUCCAGGAAAAAAUUCAUCGACUGGAGUUGGAGCGGUUUCAGGCGGAGGAGAAUGUAAAACACCUCAGCAGGGAAACAGCAGACUAUAAAAAAGUACUGAGUGAACAAAUGCAACACGAAGAACAUGACAAGACUGAAGUGGCAAAGAAAAAUCAAGAACUGUCUUCUCAGCUGGCAGCUGCUGAGUCUCGAUGCAGCCUUCUAGAGAAACAGCUGGACUACAUGAGAAAAAUGAUCCAGCAUGCAGAAAAUGAGAAGUCGCAUCUCUUGGAGAAACAGGGCUCCUUGGAGAGAGAUCGGCUUCUGGACCAAUCACAUGUUCAGUCUAAAUUGGAAAAGCUGGAUAUCCUGGAAAAAGAGUAUAGCAGACUAACUAUGAUGCAGUCCAUAGCUGAGAAAAAAAUGAAAGAGCUGGAACAGAAGCUUCAUGAGGAAGAACAUGCAAGGAAGCUUGUUCAGGAAAAAGCAGCUGAGCUUCAGACAGGCCUGGAAACCAACAGACUCCUGAUUCAAGCAGCAUCACCGCUGCUUUCUCCAAAAGCAAGACAACCCAGGAAAAAAGCUAAACAGCCACAGAAGAAAGGCUCUCCUGUACGACAUUCCACUGUGCAGCCCCAUUAUAGAUUGUGUCUGGGUGACGUACCCUUUGUGGCUGGGAAGUCUACCAGUCCCAGUCAUUCGGUUGCUGCCAACGUGCAGCACGUGCUGCAUCUGAUGAAGCAUCACUCGAAGGCUUUGUGUAACAGACGUGUGGUAAAUGAUACUCCACUAGCAAGAUCCACCAGCACGAGUCGUCCUGCCAGCAGAAGCAGAAGGCCAUUCCAGCAGAUGGACUCGUCCUCGUCUCAGGAGGAGCUCUCAGAAGUGUUGCUGACUUUACAAGAUGAAUUUGGACAGAUGAAUUAUGAUCACCAGCAGCUGUCAAAGCUCAUUGAGGAAGCCCCAACUGUUGCAGUGAGGGAAGAGCUGGAGAAGGAACUUGAGGCACUGGUGGCAAAGAUGGAAGCAAAGGCAGACCAAAUCAGCAAAGUUCGGAGGCAUCGUUCGAGGCAGCUUGAGAGACUUAAGAGAGAAUACAAGCCCAGAAAGACUUCUGCUAAACAAACAAAAGACAGCAGGUUCCCAAUCAAUGAGGUUAAAGUAACAACUACGGUAACCACAAAAGGAAAGAAUGCAGGUCCCAUCAAAGUGAAGCCUGGAGAGAAGAGUCGGAAAAAUCUUCAGUUGCUGAGAGACAUGCAGACCAUACAGACUUCCCUACAGAAAGAUGACAUCAGCUGGGACUACUGACUCUCCUGCAGGAGAUGUUCUUCAACCAUCCUGGCCAAACUUACAUUCUGGAUCUAAAGCAGCUGCCUUUUUUGCUGUGUGGAAGGACUACUGUAUGCUAAGUGCACUUUUGAAAUACAGGCUUACAGGCUCUUGGCUCUCCAUCCCUGCAUUUGAUUGUAUGUAUUAUGGUCUAGCUUAAAUCACAUUCCAUUUUCAAGGUACGUGGCCAGGGAAUCUCAACAAUAGGGCUCCCCCAGUUCCUGCUGUUAUGGUUCCAGCAGCCCCCCUGUGUUGUUCCAGCACACCAAGCACUGCACGUUUACGUGGGUUGGUGUGUGUGAUGUGCCAGUGCCAUUCCAUGCUGUUGAUCUGGGAGGCCUCUCAGGAUGCAUCUUG